UACCAUCAUCCCUUCACCAGUACGUCCUGUCACAACAUUUUGUUGUUUGCUUCGUUUUCUGCAGUUUAUAAAUUUUAUUAUCUCGAGCUGAUUGAAAAUGAUAGCUCGCGCCGUACGUGGGCGGCAGCUAAUGCAUGGCCUGUCCUCGACAGUCGUGUGGACCCGCAAUCGCCGUGGCCAAAAGGCUUUGUCCGGAUUUUUUAGCGAGAUUUUAGCGGUUACUCGCUUGGAGAGACCCAAUGAGGCGACAAUGAUGGCUCAGCGCUUCUUCACUAGCACUUCCGAUGAUUUCGACGACAUGAAAGCGCGGGAUGAGAUGCCCCGAGAUGCCCGCGUGCCCGACACGGAGAAAGUGCCCGACGAAUGGCCAAAUGUUCCGCUACUGGCCGUGCGUCGGCAUCCCGUGUUUCCGAGAUUCAAGAUGAAUGUGGAGGUGUCCAAUCCGUUUGUCGUAGAGCUGCUGCGUCGCAAAGUUACGCUCAACCAGCCUUAUGUUGGGGUUUUCCUCAGGAAAUUCAAUGGGGAGGAGGAGAUCGUCAGGAGUCUGGACGAAGUCUAUCAGCUGGGCUCUUUUGCACUGAUUCAAGAGGUUAUGGACUUGGGCUACAAGCUGCGCCUACUGCUGGUGGCCCAUCGUCGUAUACGCAUCACAGGACAGGUGGUCGAGGAUCAGCAACCUCCAAAAGAGCCAGUCGAAGCUGCAGCCGCAAUCGAAGCCGAAGCGAGUACAUCCGCAUCAGCAUCAGCUGCCCCCGCUGCAGCGCCUGUGCUCAUUGUAGAGGUGGAGAAUGUCAAGGUACAGAUCUACAAACAAACCAUAGAGGUCAAGGCGCUCACCCAAGAGAUUGUCAAGACCCUACGCGACAUUAUGAUUUUGAAUCCCCUGUAUAGGGAUAGUCUCCGUCGAAUGCUGCAUCAAAAUCAACGAGAUGUGGACAAUCCCAUCUACCUAUGCGACCUGAGUGCCUCCCUUUCAGCCGGUUACCCGGAGGAGCUGCAAAACAUCCUAGAGGAAACAGAUAUCCGCAAACGCCUGCAGCUGUCCCUGACCUUAAUCAAAAAGGAGUUGGAGCUAUGGAAACUGCAGGAGCUAAUUGAACGAGAGGUGGAGGAAAAGGUCACACAGCAUCAUCGCAGACACAUACUGCAGGAAGAGCUGAAUGUUAUCAAGAGGGAGCUGGGCAUUGAGAAAGACGACAAGGCCACCAUCGCUGAAAACUUUUGCGGAAAACUCAAAGGAAAAAUCGUUCCCCAAAGUAUCAAGCAGGUCAUCGAUAAUGAACUGACAAAACUGAAAUUUCUAGAGAGUCAUAGCUCUGAAUUUAAUGUAACCCGCAACUACCUCGACUGGCUCACCUCGCUACCCUGGGGCGUCAAAAACCCUGAGAAUCUCUGCCUGGACAAGGCCAGCGAGAUCUUGAACCAAGAUCACUACGGCAUGGAGGAUGUCAAGAAGCGCAUCCUAGAGUUUGUUGCCGUCAGUGCCCUGAAGGGCACCACGCAGGGCAAGAUCUUGUGCUUCCACGGACCGCCUGGUGUGGGCAAAACAAGCAUAGCCAAGUCCAUUGCUCGGGCCCUGAAUCGUGAGUACUUCCGCUUCAGUGUGGGUGGCCUGACGGAUGUGGCUGAGAUCAAGGGAUAUCGUCGCACCUACGUGGCCGCUUUGCCUGGCAAACCAAUACAGUGCCUGAAGAAGACCAAGACGGAGAAUCCCCUUGUGCUCAUUGAUGAGGUGGACAAGAUCGGCAAAGGCCAUCUGGGAGAUCCCAGCUCGGCGAUGUUACAGCUUCUCGAUCCUGAGCAGAAUGCCAAUUUCCUAGACCACUAUCUGGACGUGCCAGUCGAUCUGUCGCGUGUGCUCUUCAUUUGCACGGCCAAUGUGGUUGACAGCAUACCAGAGGCACUGAGGGAUCGAAUGGAGCUGAUUGAGAUGUCUGGCUAUGUGGCCGAGGAGAAGGUGGCCAUUGCCCGUCAGUAUCUGGUGCCGAAGUCAAUGAACGACUCUGGCCUGACCGACGAGCAUAUCAGCAUCACCGAGAAUGCCCUGAAUAUGCUGAUACGAAGCUAUUGCCGCGAGUCCGGAGUGCGCAACCUGCAGAAGCAGAUCGACAAGGUUGUUCGCAAGGUGGCCUUUCUUUUCGUCAAGAAGGUGGGCACCCACUUCCCAGUGGAUGCCGAAAACCUUACCACAUUCCUGGGCAAGCAGAUCUAUACCUCGGAUCGCAUGUACGAGACGACGCCGCCGGGCGUGGUCAUUGGCCUAGCCUGGACGGCCAUGGGCGGCUCAUCGCUGUACAUUGAAACAUCGCCACGGAGCAAGCGGAACGGUCGUAGAGGUCGAGGAGGUGGCAUGUUAUACAUCACCGGAAGCCUCGGAGAUGUAAUGAAGGAGUCGGCGCAAAUAGCACUCACUGUGGCGCGUAAAUUUAUUGUAAAACGAGAUUUAAGCAAUAAGUACCUAGAGCUGAAGAACAUCCACCUUCAUGUUCCUGAGGGGGCCGUACCCAAAGACGGGCCCAGUGCUGGCAUCACUAUAAUCACCGCCCUAAUUUCGUUAGCCACCAACAGGUCCGUGCGGAAGGAUGUGGCCAUGACGGGCGAGAUAUCGCUGAAAGGCAAAGUUCUGCCCGUUGGUGGCAUCAAGGAGAAGGCCAUAGCCGCACGUCGCAGCGGCAUCAACUGCCUCAUCCUGCCCGCGGACAACCAGUCGGACUUUGCGGAGUUGCCCAAAUUCAUAACCGAAGGCCUGGAGGUAUACUUUGCGGCUACCUACGAGGAUGUCUACAACAUCGCCUUCUCCGAGCCCACCCAAAACGUGGAUGUGACUGCCAAAGUGGUGCAGGUGCCCCUCGAGAAGGUGUCCGGCGAGGUCAACGUCAAGCCAUGGAGGCCGAUGUCUUAAUCGUAUUGUUAGCUUAGGGGUUGGGUGUUGUUAACCUGAAUGAUUAGGCGACUAUUAAAGUUGAGAAGAGGAUAUAUACAUAUUUUAUAAGUGCUACAAAUGGUUCCUUGCUAAUGAUAAAAUUGUCUCUUGGAAAGUGUAAGAAGUAGCUUCUUCUGAAGGCCAUCCCUUUGUACUAUUUGAGAUUUUAUUUUAAAUACCUUUAAUCCUUGAAAAGACGUCAUAUUUUUGUUUUUCCAGCUCUUUCUUAGCUAGCCGAACAUCUCGAGGCGCACACUAAUCGUCGAGCUAGGUGUCUCAUGGAUAGGACCGGUCAGCACAAUAUCAAUCUCUCCGGCCACGGCCAUCUGCAGCAAUAAAAUAAUAUUCUUCGGUGCUAGGAUACUGAACUUCCAGAUCGAACGAUUGUUUUGCUUCUUGUUCAAUUUAAAAGAACAACUACUCAUGCCAUAGAAUCUUCGCAAUGAGUCCAAUGAUAUAUGUAUAUAGAUGUGCUGAUUAAGGUUCUGAGGCAUGGGAUUCCCUUGAGGUUAUACUUCAUCCCUGAACUGAGGAUGCUAAAGAGACGAAGUUCGAGAGAGACCUCUUUGAAUUGUUCCGUUCCACAGACCUACCCACUCUUGGGGGAUUGAGUAGAGUCAUCGCUAGAAGGAGGCGUCAAUGAUGUAUUUGGAUCUCGACAACUGAUGUGGGGGCGUUUAAGGAUCUGGCAGCCAAUUUGUUGCCUUCUAUGGACCUCUUUUUGAUCGCUUUGAAGUUUUAUGCGUUUUAGACGGAGUCUUAUCCAAGCAUUACCGAGGCGUAUUCGAGACAGACCGAGUCCUUUCCCAGCCAGACAGAAUCGUAUCCCAACAGGAGAGAAGCGCACCCCUUGCAAGAUCCGAACCUAACAAGCAAUCGUCAUCCUUCGACCUGACCAUCGACAACAAGGACUUUGACUAUGGCAUCUAGAUUCUAGGUAUAUAUCGGUAUUAGGUUUAAGGAUAUACGCAUCCAUUCAUUUAGAUAGUUGAU